AUGGCGAUUGCAAUUGCAACAUGGCUGCAAAUGCCCCAGCAGCCUAGACUCCAGAUCAAGCGAAGUAACACCGGGAGGGGCGGCGUGGAUGGCUCAGAAACCAAUGAAGCAGCAGCCCGCGAGGUGGUCAGAAGACAGACAUCCGUUCGGCGACUCCGCGGGCGCAGGAAGAAAAAGGGGCGAGGGCCGGGUAAGACGGCACCGGUUCCCUGCAGGAAGGAGGGGGCAGUGCAUCCGAGCGAGCGAGCGAGCGAGAGAGAAAGAGAAAGAGGGAGAGAAAGAAAGAGGAGGAGAGAGUGUGUGGUCGUUGCGAGGGCGCAGGAUGGGUUUUUAUAG